AUGCCCCGGGCGGCGAGAAUCCUGCAGGCGAACUCCGAUGUGCUACCGGCGACCCAGCCAUCGGAUCCGUUCGCAGUAGACUCCGACGUGGUGGUGAUCCUCGCGGCGCUUCUCUGCGCGCUGAUCUGCCUUGUCGGGCUCGCGCUCGUGGCCCGUUGCUCCUGUCUCCGCCGGGGAGCCUCCGCAGCGCCGCCGUGCAAGGGGCUCAAGAAGAAGGCGCUCGGGGAUCUUCCCAAGGUCGCUUACGCCGCCUCGGCGGACGCGAAGCCCGCCGAGUGCCCAAUUUGCCUCGCGGAGUUCGUGGGUGGCGACGAGAUCCGCAUCUUGCCACAGUGCGGACACGGAUUCCACGUCGGGUGCGUCGACACCUGGCUCAUGUCCCGUUCCAGCUGCCCCUUCUGCCGCCGGGUCCUCGUCGUCGCGGCCCCCGCUGCCCAGCCGUCGCCGCGGCACGGAGCGAGCUCCGAGAAUUCAUGCGCUUCCACCUCCGCCGCCUCUGCGACGGAGGCUAGAGAGGACGGCAGCGCCGUGCACCGAAGUUCUGGAGGCAUAUUCUCCUAAGAAGCUGAACAGAUGGGAGUGUUUGAUUGAUUACUUUUCCUCGAGAUUUUCUUCUCCCACUAACUUAUGCCGACUUGGGAAACAAGGUCAUUCAUUGGCAAAUUGAUGUCUUAGGAUUGUAAAAUACCAUAGAAAUCAAACGAAAAGCUUGUGGAAAACAACCUAAGCUGAAGCAUCUGAAUAUGAACUGAAGUUGGCCAUUUCUAGUCUCCUUUGUAGUCAUCUUUAAGUUUGAUUGAGAGAGGCAACUCUUCCUCCACCUCUGAAUUAAUUUACUCCACCAAGGGUCUUGGGUGGUGGAUUUUUAAAGAAGCGAGAUAGCAUGACACUAAAAAGAAAUUGGAAUUUUCCUCAAGAAGUUAAAACAAAUGGAAGUGUUUGUUCUGGUGAUGGAUUACAUAAUCACCAUUGGACUAUAUCUUAACAUCUUUAAGUUUGAAUGAGAAAGGCAACUCUUCCUCCACCAUUGGACUAUAUUUUACUCCACCAAGGUUCUUGGCUGGUGGAUUUUUAAAGAAUUAAAGAACAGAAUGCACUGAAAAAGAAAUUGGAAUUUUCUCCAAGAAGCUAAACAAAAGGAAGUAUGAUUAUUUGAUUUUAAAUUCUCCUUGGAU